UUUCCGAGAAAGCACGGCUCCUACCGUACUAUUUUACGGUUACGUAAACGCGCCGGAAGAGCGGCGGUGGUGUGUUAAGUUGAAUGCACUGCAGUGUACGUUGUAGUGAAGUGAGUUCCAAAUUCGAAAAUUGAAAAAGUGUAUGUGACAGAAAUGUAAAGUGACAGUGACGAUGUGUUUCAAAUGUGAAAAAUAACAAAGUGAAGUGUAUAGUGAACUCAAAAUGGACAAAAAAGCGGCAAAAGAACUACCGGGUGUCACGUGCGGGCAAGUGCCACAGAAUCGGUGCGACGAUUCGCCGGAUUUGUCGCCGGAACCGUCGUUCGACGAGUUGCGGAACAGAUUCGACAGUGGCGCCACCAUGCAACAUGCAAUGAGACGCGAAAUCGCCUCGAACCCUGCUACGCAUGGCAGCGCUACUCGUCAAGUCGUUAGCGGGAAGGUUUUUAAGAAGUGCAAGAGCGCUACAUUUCAAAUAGAUGGCGCCACUUACACAAUCGUGGCGAGUCCGCCGGGCGGCGCGGGCGCUCCACGGGAGGAGGCACCACGCCCGCCGCCGCCCCCCGCGCCCCGCAACGGCACAUCCCCCAAACAAGGCGCGCUCACAAUAGUCCGCCGGUCGUCUAGUCGAAACAAGACCGAGAGUUGUUCAACGCCGACCGACGAACAACUAGAUCAACUCGACUUGGACACAGAACACUUGCCCGCCGUCGACACGCCCGAUGCCUGUGACAAAGCCGCACUUAGAUUACGCUAUCUCCUAAGACAAUUGAACAGAGGUGAAAUAUCGGCAGAAACACUACAAAAGAAUUUACAAUACGCCGCCAAAGUCCUCGAAGCAGUUUACAUAGAUGAAACCAAACCGGCAGUGGCGCGCCAGCAGUCGGCCCCAACCCUGGUGUUUAGGCGACUGGCUGACGAAGAUGACGAGCUGUCGGAAGUACAGCCGGAUGCCGUCCCACCUGAAGUCCGCGAGUGGUUGGCGUCCACCUUCACGAGGCAGUUGGCAACUUCGAAACGAAAGUCGGACGAGAAGCCCAAGUUCCGGUCAGUGGCGCACGCGAUCAGGGCUGGAAUCUUCGUCGACAGGAUUUACAGAAGGGUCACAAGUACGGCCCUUAUGCAGUUCCCGCAAGAUGUUGUGAGAGUAUUAAAGACGUUAGACGAAUGGUCUUUCGACGUGUUCGCACUUCACGACGCAGCCAGCGGAGCGCCUGUCAAGUACCUCGGGUACGAGCUACUCAAUAGAUACGGAAUGAUUCACAAGUUCAAGGUCCCUCCAACCAUUUUGGAGAACUUCCUCAGCAGAAUAGAGGAAGGCUACUGCAAGUUCCACAAUCCUUAUCACAAUAACCUGCACGCUGCUGAUGUAGCGCAGACCGUGCAUUAUAUGCUAUGUCAGACUGGCCUUAUGAAUUGGCUGUCAGAUCUUGAAAUCUUCGCUACUUUAGUGGCAGCAAUCGUCCACGACUUCGAGCAUACGGGCACCACAAACAACUUCCACGUAAUGUCGGGGUCUGAUACAGCGUUACUUUACAAUGACAGAGCAGUGCUAGAGAACCAUCACAUAAGUGCUGCAUUCAGGUUAAUGCGCGACGAGGAGUGCAACAUUCUCCAAAAUCUGUCUCGCGACGAAUUCCGCGAAUUCAGAACACUGGUGAUCGACAUGGUACUGGCAACAGACAUGUCCUUCCACUUCCAGCAGUUGAAGAACAUGAGAUCCCUGCUGUCGCUCGCGGAGCCAACCGUCGACAAGUCCAAGGCGGUGUCAUUGGUGCUACAUUGCUGUGAUAUUUCACAUCCAGCUAAGAGAUGGGACCUCCAUCAUCGGUGGACAAUGAGUCUUUUGGACGAGUUCUUCCUCCAAGGCGACAAAGAACGCGACUUGGGUCUUCCAUUCAGUCCUCUUUGUGACAGGAAUAACACUCUUGUGGCGGAAUCUCAAAUCGGGUUUAUUGAGUUCAUUGUAGAACCCAGCAUGGGUGUCUGCGCUGACAUGCUGGAGUGUAUAUUGGGACUGCACUCGAAUACUAAGAACUCGACCAGUACAGUUGGGCACGAUGCGAUUAAUGAGGAAAAUUCAGGGAGUGAAAGUAACAAAUUCAAGAUUAGGAAACCAUGGGUGGCCUGCCUCAGUGACAAUAAGAAAAUAUGGAAGGAACAAGCUGCUAAAGACGCAGAAGCCCGAGCCAAGCAGGAGGAGGAAAGCAGCAGCGCUACGGUGGAAACAGAAGAAUAAUAUAUGGCCACUCUUGUAAAUAGCAUUAAAUCUAGUUGUUAUAAUGUAUUGUAUUCUAUGUUAAAAAAAUGCUGAGAGGUGACGUUGUACGUGCGUCAUCGCUUCUUAAUAGUACGUUGCUAAUAAAGUUGUGUUUCACGCACAAAUAUAUGACUUGAAAGCACAAGCGGAUAGCCUGAUUGUAAAAUAACUCUAUGUGGAAGACAACAUAGUGAGCCAAUUUCGAAGAGGUGUUCUACUGCUGAGCGGUACUCGCCCGUAGUUUAAGGUACCUUAUGUGUUUAUUGUAAUUUGUCGUCAUUUACUUUAGAUUAUGUACUCCUGUUAUCUGUUUUAGAAUAAUUGUCAGUACCUUCUUUCUGAAGAUUCAUAAUGGUUAAGUAGGCAAUAAAAGACAGUUGCCCUACUUUAGAAUAAAAGGAAGUCAAAAUGACAUCUCAAGUAGCAACUUCACGUCCAUAUACACCUACUUAGUUAUUAAAUACUUGUACUUAUGUAUAAGAUCAUUUAUAAUAGGACAGUAAUACUUAACCUCACAAUGUGGUCUCCUCACGCUUAAUCAAUAGACCAUUAUUACUUGUCGUCAGUUGAACUUUGAUGGAAUUUACAUUUCUAACAUACUCAAUGUGUAUAAAGUUGUACUGUACCGACUUAUUUCGACAUAGGUGAUAAGCGCUAAAUGUAUGUACUUAUAGAUAACUUUAACAAUGCUGGUGAUGGAGCAAACAAUUAUAUCUUAAUGUCAUGUGCACUUCUCUUCAAUGAUAAAGAAACACCCCUUAUAGUCGGCGAGCUGAUGUGGUUUGGGCGAAAGAGACCAAUAUAAUAUAAUAGCUCUCUCUUUUACUAAACUGCAUCAGACCUCAAUGAUUGUAUAAAUAUUUAUAGUGAAAUUAUUAAAUAUAUUCAAAUAAAUAUACGUAGCUUAAAUAUUAGUGUUAAAUCUUACCCAUAUGAAAAAUACGCUUAUUAAUUUUAAUGUUUCCGAUUAAAUUGGAGAGUCUUGAUAUUCCUGACCAAAUGUUAUUUAAAAUAUGAAAUUAUUUUCUAUAUACUUAAACGCCAUCUCAAAUUCUAGGUAGACAUAUGUAGUUAGUACAUUAUUACCUAUAGUUAGUGGGAAAUUCAUAUUGAAAGAUUUAUGGGGUAUUGCUCUUUUGGUUAGCCGUAUUUACAAGGUAUUUAUUGAGCUAAAACGUUAGAUUUACUUAAGUACAUAAUAGGUACUUUUCAGAUACUUUUAAAUAGUGAUUGUGCUCAAAAUCAAUCCGAUGUAAAAAGAACAAAGCAUGCACCUUUUACAAAGCAUUAGACUGAUGGAAAAAGGCUUAUAGGUAAAUGAUUAUAUUUACCAAGGGGCGAUCUGGAAGUCUAUGUGUAGAAAUGAUCAUAAAUGUAUUGUAAAAGAUAUGGAGGACCCAAAGUAAAUGUACCGUCCUUCUUAGAAUAUCUAUCUUUUAUCGAAAAGAGCAACGUGAAUUUAUUGUUGGGAAGACAUUGAAAGGAUCAGGGCCAAACGUUUCGAUACUAUAAAUUGCCAAAUGUUUUGAACACGCUUAAAAUAAGAAUGUUAAAUUGAUUAACAUAAUAACAUCUGACUUACACAUUUCAGAGGCCUAGUUUUCCUGGUAGGUACAUGGGACCAUUCUCAUUGAAUAUCAAGUCAAAAGAAACCAUAAUCAUAAUAAUUUUAGGUCCCUAUUUAUUAUUUCAGGGAUUGUAAGGAUAGGUAUAAUCCAACUGGUGACGCUUAUUGUAGAAAUAUUAACAAUAGAACUUUUUAUAUAUUUAUCAUCUAUUUAAAAAAAUAAUAGACUUUAUGAGGAAUAAAUCUGUAUAUUGUGCAUUUAGUAUAUCAAUUGAUAGUUUGAUUAAGUGUAAUCAAAAUAGAAUGUAGUUAAUCGAUGCCAUUACGAUUGGGGAUAUAGCUUUAUAAAAAUGUAGUGUAUAUUACUGAGCCUUAUAACACAAUUAAUUAAUUGUUGUUUCUGUAAAUUAGCUUGCAGCAGGUUGUAGGCCCAUGAUCCAUGUAAUCGACUAAAUAGUAGUUAAUGUUUCUUCCUUUUAAAUAAUAAAUAAUAGAUUUGCUUUCGAAUAUAAAUGUCUACAUUCCGAUGCCUGAAGACUUCACUGCUAUUAUAAAGUUACCAAUUAAUAAAUAAAUAAAAAUACAUUAUAUGUGUAAGAUCACAUUUAAAAUUAAGAUUUCUGUCCAUAAGUUGUUUAUGUGUAAAACAGCCAGUUUGUGUAUAAUAAUAAUUAUGAUAUUGAUAUAGACAAAUAAAACUGUUAAUCCUUAUUAUUAACUUCUAUAUUCUUCAAGAACUGCAAGCAAAAAGACAUUUAAUAAUUACAAUCCUCUGCUAGUUUAUUAUAGAUCACAUAUCACAAAUAUAAUCACAAAAUCAAAGCACUUAUGAGAUCAGGAUUCCCAAUUAUUUCAUAGUAUCCACUAUAUAUAUAUAUAUAUCAAUUACUAAAUAUAUCAGCACAAAUGAUCCCAUAAUUAAUUCAUCUACAUAAAUAUUUUCAUUUAAGCACUCUCUUUUACUAUGUUAAUAAAAUUGAGUUUAACAAAUAAUUAAAAACUACCUAUAAUAAUAAAAAAAAAUAGUAAAAAUAGUGUUUAGAUGAAAUUUGUGGUAACUAAGAAUGCAUUUUGAUUUUGAAACUACCUAUUUAUACAAUGUAAUCUCAUUCUAAUAAUUAAAUUAUGAAUUUGUUUUAAUAACUUAAGGUUCUUUUUCUACAUUGUGUAAAUACAA